AGCGGGCUGUCCUGGCUGAAGAAGGGGGCGUGGGGUGCCGGGCCAGGUCCCUGCUUCCCGGGAUCCGGGAUCGGGAUCGGGGAUCGCCUCAGAGGGGCCGCACGCGCGUGUGCAAGCGGAUGUGAGGCGCAUCUCAAUUGGCGGGCGGGGGAAGCGGAUCAGGUUGUUACUACUGCAGAGCGCGCAAGCGAGCGAGCGAGCGAGCGAGGGAGCGGGAGGAGAGCCGCAGCGCUGGCCGGUGCGGGAGUGGGAAGAGGGGACUGGACUUCAGCGGCAGACUCCCGCUGCCUUCUCCACCAGCCCACGCUGACCGGCUCCCAGGACGUCCUCCGCUGUCCCCUCUGCCACCAUGAGAAACAUCUUCAAGAGGAACCAGGAGCCCAUUGUGGCUCCUGCCACCACCACUGCCACCAUGCCUGUUGCACCUGCCGCCGACAACUCCACAGAGAGCACGGGCACCGGGGAGAGCCAGGAAGACAUGUUCGCCAAGCUGAAGGAGAAAUUCUUCAACGAGAUCAACAAGAUCCCCUUGCCACCCUGGGCUCUGAUUGCCAUGGCUGUGGUUGCUGGCCUCCUGCUGCUCACCUGCUGCUUCUGCAUCUGCAAGAAGUGCUGCUGCAAGAAGAAGAAGAACAAGAAGGAGAAGGGCAAAGGCAUGAAGAACGCCAUGAACAUGAAGGACAUGAAAGGGGGCCAGGAUGAUGACGAUGCAGAGACGGGGCUGACUGAAGGAGAAGGUGAAGGCGAGGAGGAGAAAGAGCCAGAGAACCUGGGCAAAUUGCAGUUUUCUCUGGACUAUGAUUUCCAGGCCAAUCAGCUCACCGUGGGUGUCCUGCAGGCUGCUGAGCUCCCUGCCCUGGACAUGGGUGGCACUUCAGACCCUUAUGUCAAAGUCUUCCUCCUCCCAGACAAGAAGAAGAAAUACGAGACCAAGGUGCACCGGAAGACACUGAACCCCGCCUUCAAUGAGACCUUCACUUUCAAGGUGCCAUACCAGGAGUUGGGAGGCAAAACCCUGGUGAUGGCCAUCUAUGACUUUGACCGCUUCUCUAAGCACGACAUCAUUGGGGAGGUGAAGGUGCCCAUGAACACCGUGGACCUUGGGCAGCCCAUCGAGGAAUGGCGAGACCUACAAGGCGGGGAGAAGGAAGAGCCGGAGAAGCUGGGUGACAUCUGUACCUCCUUGCGCUACGUGCCCACUGCUGGGAAGCUCACGGUCUGUAUCCUGGAGGCCAAGAACCUCAAGAAGAUGGAUGUGGGCGGCCUUUCAGACCCCUACGUGAAGAUCCACCUGAUGCAGAAUGGAAAGAGACUCAAGAAGAAGAAGACAACGGUGAAGAAGAAGACCCUGAACCCUUACUUCAAUGAGUCCUUCAGCUUUGAGAUCCCCUUUGAGCAGAUCCAGAAAGUCCAGGUGGUUGUCACCGUGCUAGACUAUGACAAGCUGGGCAAGAAUGAAGCCAUCGGCAAGAUCUUUGUGGGCAGCAAUGCCACAGGCACGGAGCUACGGCACUGGUCCGACAUGCUGGCCAACCCCCGACGGCCCAUCGCCCAGUGGCACUCUCUUAAGCCCGAAGAGGAAGUGGAUGCCCUCCUAGGCAAGAACAAGUAGGCAGCAGCAUCUGGGGCCACAUGCCCCCCCCCAGGACACUGACAAGAUCCAGAGCUAUCAAUACCUCAGUUAUGCGACCUUAGAGGUUUCUUCAUUUGUUUGCGGUGUGUCCUGUUUUCCCUUCCUUUUUCUCUUUUUAAAGACCAACUUUCUUUUGGUGGCUGCGUGAAGAGUCCCCUAAGACAUGAAAGAGAAGCCUGGCGCUGUUUAUUGUCCCAGGAGCUGUCCUUGUUGCAUGCCAUCAGGGUUUCCCCCUCACUCAAUCAAGGCUUCACACAGGUCUCACUCCGAGUGAGGCCCUCUACUGGCAGGAAGCAGGUCCUGCUUUCCUGGGUUUUGGACCAACAAAAUGGCAAGCACAUUCUGUUUCUUGACUGUGAAGGCAACACAAUGGCCAGCAUUGUAUGUGUGUGUGUAUGCGUGCGUGUGUGCGUGCAUGUGUGCAUGCGUCCAUCCAUUCCCCACCUGUCUCUGUCUUUGAGUAUCUCUCUUCAUUUCUGGACUGAGCCAUCGACAAGGAAGCUGUGUGAGGGCAGAAAGUCUUCAGGGACUGGAAGGUGAAGAUAGCCCACUGCCUAAGUGGGAGGCCUGUCAGCGAGUGAAGAAGCAUGGUCAGAUGACAGGAGCUCUCACAGUCCUUCUGAGUGGACAUGUGGAAGGCAGCAAGAUGUGGUACUGGAUGUGUUCAGAACCGGACCAAAGCCCUUGAUGCUGUCAUAGACUUCCUCUUGUCAGUCAUGGCUUCCCCCAGGAGUGAGGUUACGGGUACAUUCAUGGAAAUAAAUUAUUCACUAGAUUGUUUGGACUCUACCAGGGACUGCCAGGCCCAGAAUAGUGUUCUUGUUGACAUCGAGCUCUGAAGAAACAGAAGUCCCAUUACUCAGCCUGGAACUAAGCUCCUGGAUCGUUGCCUCAUCCAGUGGAGAGCAGAUGCUUCCUCCCUCUGCAGAGUACAAGCAACGCGUUCAUUUGCAUUCAUGCACCAUCUUGCUUUUUGCUUCUGUUUCCCUUUUUGUGUUAAGUGGAAAAAUACUGUCUGAAGACAAGUGCUCUGACAGAGCCAGAGAUGUGUUAGAGGAAGGCCUGAGUGUUUAGUUCCCUUGAGGUCCAGGUAAGGAGGAGGUGGCAGGAAGGACAGCAUGGGUGGACAGUGGUGAGCUAGGCAGGUAUGCUGAGCUCCUCACAGCUCCCAUCCUGACCCUCUGGACCCUUCUGCCCUCCCUGCUGGUAGCCGGAGUGGCCCAGGCAGACCUGUGGAGAGGCCCCAUCCUUCCAUUCCUUAGAGGCUCUUUUCUCUGAAUGCCAGGAAAGACAGGGCAUUCAUUUCAAACGGGCGGUGGGGGAAACCUGCUAGAAUUUCUAUCCGGUGUUUGGUUUGUGCUCCCUUCCCUGUUUUCUCUACUUGUCCCCAGCAUUGAUAAAAGCCAUAUAUAUGUUAGUCAGGCUUGCACUGAGCGCCCUUCUGAACCCUCAGCCUGGGCAGGGGAGUUAGGCCCCAUGUAGUCAGAGGCUGCUGCUUUUUCUUGGUCUUGCUUCUGUCCAUGACUCUCUCAGGCCCCUGUUUUCUUACCACAGAAAAUAUACAGCUUUCCUGAAGCCUGGGGGUCACUCUCUUCAACAGCAAAUAUGGGAGAGCUGCUCUACGCCAUCUGGGCCCUCCUGCUUCUUGUAGGUCUGAGAGCUGGGUGGUGGUGUAGUUUAGCUGUGAGGCCUCCCAGCCUGAAGGAGGCACAGAGUAUCCUUUAAUUUUAAUGAAGAUUGGGGAUAUGUGGGUUGGCUUUGCUGUGGUCUUUUGGUCCAAGUAGGGAGUGAGGUAAUCAGACAUAGGCUAUGAAGUGAGGUUCGGUCAGCCUGUCUUUUAGGACCCUUCUGCUAUUGGCACUUGGUACAUGGGAAGUUGUAGAUCUUAUACACUUUGUGUGUGUUUAUGCCAAACACUGAGAUGGCAGGACUCCGAGAGGAUUAUGGGUUGCAGUACUGUAGUCCGUGGGACCAGAAUUCACGUCAUGGUGGGAGAUUAUCAGGCAAUAGGGCACACUCACAGUCCAGAUGGUUGAAGAGUCGCAGGGUCCUGGUAUGGCUAUCAGAUGCCAGUGGAUUCUUUUCUGUGGAAUUUUGGUGCUUUCCAAGGUCCCUCCCUGCUAUGGCUCUUCUCACCCACAUUCCAUAAACUUUACUCACAGAAACUCCCCUGUCGUCAAUCUUCCCCUUCUUCCUGUAUCCUUCCCGCCUUUUCCAGUCCACCUUUUAACUCCUCGGGCUUCUCUCUGAGCCUCAUUCAGUCUUGGAUAGCCCAUGGUUCUCCUGCACUGCUGACAGGAGAGGGACAGGAUGGUUGGCGCCUCUGUGCUUUGAAUGUCCCUGGGCUUAGAGACAGGCUAGAGCUCAUUACUGUGGGCAGCCUGCCAGACCUUUUUGACUCUGAUCACCAAGUUUAGCUAGCAUGGAUGCUGGGAGUGGUUCCUCCCCAGGCUUAGGGCUGGUCCCUGACUAGCCACCCAAGCAGAUGGCACCUGUCCAGGCCCAGGGGCUUGGCAGGAACACGUUGAGGCUUAAGUUUGUUUGCACUAGGGGAGCUGAUGUGACCCAAAGCCCAGCACUGCAUUUCAAACCUUCACUGCCACAGGGGUUUAUUUCUGGGAUGGCAGGGUCCUGGGGCAUCCGCACUAAGUAGAGAUAGUGUUUCUGGCUGCUGAGGGGUUCUCAAUACUUCUGUGGCUAGAAGUGUGACCCAAAGAGAAGAAAGUCCUUAGUGGAGUUUUGUUUUUGUUUUUCUUCUAGAGGGGUAAGACUAUAAAUGCCCAAACCCAACUCCACUCCGGAUGUGGGGGCAUGAUCCAUCCAGAAGCGAAGCAAGCUCUGCAGUGCUGUGGGCAGUUUUUGAGACUUAGAAAUGAAGGUUGCAGAGUGGGGAGCACCCAGCUCAGCAGGUGCUUGGAAUAAGCAUGGGUGAGGCCCAGCCCAAGAGCCUGGUCGUUCUUCCCCCCAGGAAGCCUUGGUUCUGUAGAAGUAGUCUGGGGUGAUUUUGCUGGCCCCAGAUACAGUGAGGGAGGUGGGAGGCUUUUUUUUUUUUUUUUUUUUACCAAACAGGCCUCUUUGUAAAAGUAGCUUUUAUAAACAUGCUUUCUGCUAUCGGUAUGGGUGAUGAUGGCAAAUCCCUGUUCCUCUGUCAUAUGUCCACAUGUCAGUUCUUGAGAACCCUGGGCCUCUCAAGCCUGUGGGAGAGCCUGUCUUUGAGGAGCUUGAAUUUUCCCUAUCUCUGCUUGUCCCCUGCUGUGUCCCUCCCACUGCAGGCUGGUUGGGGUCUUUUCUCAGAGCCUGGGUAGCAGCAGGUGGCCAGAUUUGGCAAAUUCAAAUACAGGAUACUUGGUUAAACGUGAAUUUCAGAUAGAUAAUUUUGAAGUAUGUCCUAUACAAUAUUUAGGACAUACUGUACUAUAAACAGUGAUUCAUUGUUUAAUGUGAAAUUUAAAUUUAAUCGGUGAAUCCUGUAUUGUAUCUGGCAAUGCACCCUCCGGCUACUUCACCCGUUUUCUUUAGUCCCAGGGGCAAGAGGUUGGUGACCACAGAUUUGAUUUAACCUGUUUUUUGAACUGCAAUAUUGAGAAGGGGACACUGUGACUUGAAGAUAUGUGAAUAUACUUUAUUUUUUAACAACACAACAGGAAACUUCUGAAGCCAUUGAGCCUCAUCUGACCCCUCCAUGUGCAUUUAGUUAUAUAUUAUAAAAGAAGAUGCUAUCUAUAAACAUACGAGCGGAAUCUUGUUUAGUCAAGAUGCAUGCCUAAAAUUCUGUAAAUAGCCGCAUGGCAGUGCUGAGAGUCCCCUGAUCUCCCAACCCCAAACCCAUUUGACAGAACUGGCUGCUCCUUGAUUUUAUGUUGUGUAAAGUCUUUGUCCUUGGCCUGCCUUACCUCCCCUAUAGGAAAUGUCCACAGUGGGAGACAGUGUUCUGGCCCCAGUGCCAACCCUGCCCAGGGAAGAUGCUGAAGGGCACCAGCCCUCAAGACAGGUCGGCUGCAUGUCUGCAAGGGCUGACCCUUGGGGCACAGUGUGCUAUGUCUAGCCUGAUGUCUGCUGUCCCGUUUCUUCUGUGUUCCAUGUGUGUGGUGUGGUUCCUUUAUUCCCACUGUCUUGAAUAAAUUAAAAAGCCAUAAAGGGGCCUCCUCCUGGAGGCUGCCCUCGACUCCUCCCAGGAGCCCCCUCCCCGUCCCUCUAACUGGCUCCCCACAGAACACUUGUGAAGGGCUCACCUGUCCGCCACCCUCUCUUGCUCCCUCAGCCCUGUGUCAUGAGGACAGUUGGUGUUUCAGGGCUUCUGGUGGGGUCUCAGGAGAUACCCUGGCUGGCUUUUUUGGCCUAAGUUUGAUGGUGGAACUCAACUCUGCCCUGGCUAUGGGCAGGGCAGUGGCUGUGACUCUGUGGCUGGGAUGCCAUCUUAGAGGCCUGGAGGCAACCAGGGUUUUCAGAAGCAGUAAGCAGCCCAGCCCGUAGUCAGGUCCUGGCAGCCUGGGACGAACAAGACCAGCCCUGCCGAAUCUCCCCGCCCUGUCAGGGCCCAUAGAAGGCAGUGGAAUGACCUGUGUGGAAAGCCUGGAACUGCAGUGGAUUAAAUUCUUCAUCCACACUCUCUCUUUGGUCUGGCAGUGCGACAAGAUCAGGGUACCCUGAGAGCAAGGUGGAAGGUAUAGUGAUAAGGGGUGGCUCAAAACUGGAGACACUAGGCUCUGACCCUCACAUCGGCUCCUUGGGUAGCCUGAGCAGGCAUGGCAAGUAGUAACUGUCGGGCUGGCGCAGUUUGUUGCACCCACAGGACUCUCCAGGAGGGCAGUCAUGUUACUAAUCCAGGGGCCCUCGGGCAGAAUCGGGCAAGCAUAGUGGAGAAGGCCAGAGGGAGCAAGGUGGACUCUGACACUUACAAACCAUGAGGCUUGAGCACAUGCUACUCCCAGGGACCUCUGUGCUACUGACUUAAAAAGCAGGGCAACUGGAGCAACUGUUUUAGGGUAGACUGGGGUUGGCUGGAGAUGCCCAGUCUCCACAGAAGCGGAAACUGGGAAAUGUGGCAGCAGAGACUGUCCAAGUGGUAGGAGCAGUGUGCAGGCUUCACAGUUUCAACCCCAGCUUUCCUCAGGAGUUUAGGGAAAUGACCCGGAAGUCUGACCAUUCUGCUCUAACUCCUGCUCAUCUAAGGCCUUGAUUUGCUUUCUGAAAACCCCGGGCCCAGAAACUUUCAAAAUGGGCUGAGGCAGAACCUGGGUGUGCCCAUGUUACCCCUGGAAAGCAUUGGCCCCACCAGGAGCCCUCCCUGUCUUCAUAAGAAGGACACGUGUAGCCCUCCCCCUCCUCCCUCUGCUUGGCACUGCUCUCUCCAUUCCCUUAUGUGGACUCUGUUGUUCUUGUCUGAUCUCUUGUCAAAUUGUUAUUUUGUAAUGAGCUGCGUCUCCUUAUUAAAGAAAAGAGCUGAAAGCAA